AUGCUCGCGGAGAUUAAGGUGGCCACGUCCGUUGUAAAGAAAGUGAACGGCUACAAGAGGGUCGCUACGCUAAUCCAAGUCGGAAUUCCGAAAGCUCCGAAAAAGUAUGAUAUCACGAAGCUUUACAACGGGACCCUUCUUGCCGGGAACGACGAUGCUGUGAAGGUGCUGUUGAAGAAGAUCGAUGUCGCGAAACCCGGGGAUUUGGACAAGGUGUUUGCGAUGCUCCAACAAAUGACCCUCAUUGGCCGCUAUAACGACACAGUCUUGAGGAAGAAGCCUAUGAUUAACUUCGCGACGAAUGGGGUGCAACCCCUGAAGAAGAUGACUCCGAAAAACGCGGCGCAGAUCACGUUCGGAGUCCCUGGGAGUCCAGCGACCACAUGGGCGACGAUGCUCACUCCGAAUCUGUACACUGGGAAGUGGUUCACUGUGCAUGGCGUCAACUAUUUCAUUAUCUAA